AUGUCAUCAGAAAGUGACUAUCUAAUGUCCUCAGAAAGUGAUAAAGAUUAUGCAACAUUCUCCUUAGACGACACUGAUACCUCAUCAGAAGAAAGGCUAUUCGUUGAUGCAGCAUUGGCUGAAGAUAAGUUACCAUCUUUUGAUGGUGAUUUCGCACCAUAUUUCCAAGAUUUAACCACUGCCACCUUAUUUUGUUGGAUUCACAAGCACAAUAUUUCAACAAGUGCAUACGAAGAUCUCGUUGACAUUAUCAUGAGACCAGAAUUUAAUAGAGAUGCAUAUUCAAAAUCUAUCUUAAUCUCAUUAAAAAAAACACCCUCAACUUCUAGGGAUUCAAAGAUGGCGUAUCAACUUUCAAUAAGUGAUAUUAUUUGGAAUGUUCUUAACAAUCCAUCAUUGGUCAAGAAAAUGUAUUUUGGUCCUGAUGUUGAUUCAAAAAUAAAAUCAGAGUACUGGCAUGGUACCUUAUGGGCAGAGUCACUUCUUUUUGGUAAAGAACAAUUAAUGAUAUCAGAAGCGAUAGUAUUAAAUGAAGGGGAUCAAUAUCGGUUGAGAAUCCAAAAAGUUCUGGAUUAUAAUGACUUGCCUGGAACUUUCAAACGAGAAUUAGGACAAAAUCGUUCUCUUUCCAGAGAAGUUUGGCUGCAAGAUGAACCAUUCUUAACAAUAACAACAUCCCAAAUCUCUGAAAAGGUCACCGAAGAUACGCUACGAAUUACCAAAAUACUUUAUAAACAUCAUGCACACUGGCACAUUCGUGACGCAACACUCUCAUAUCAACAUCCUUCAGAAUAUGUUUCCAUAAUGCAGCCACCAUCUUCAACCAUGAAAGUUUACAAGCUGUUUUUAGAUAUAUAUUAUGAUGAUUUUAGAACAUUUAGGAACGUUUAUCACUCAUUAGGUGGUGUUUAUGUGCAGUUUGGAAAUAUGCCUGCUCAUCAAAGGAAGUUGCUCAAAAAUCAUUUUGUUCUCGGAUUUGUUCCUUUUGGUGGUAACUUCAACGAAUUCAUGUUACCAUUCGUUUCUGAAAUGAAAGAAUUCGAACAAGGAAAAUUAAUGAAAGUGAAUGGGAAAAAUUCUUGGGUAAUAGCCGGUUGUCGCACUUGUACAGUCUCUCGAGAAUCACUUACCAACCUCUAUCAAGAUAUACCAGCAACAUCAAGGUAUCAUCACACUACCGACAUUCAAUUUAAAGAGAUAUCAGAUGAAUCUACUACCACAAGGCAAAAUCAACUUUGUAUUCAGUAUGGAUUAAGAGCAAAGCCUAACAUUUUGGAUAGGUUGCUAAGAGAAAGGCAUUUACAAACACCCCAAGAUGUAUAUCAUGCAACUGCUAGGAAGAUUGGACGACUUCUUAAAUUAACAUGUGAAUUAUUUUCACAAGAAGGAGAGAACGACCACCAUGCUAGUUUUAUGAUGUCUGACUAUCUUCGGCUUGCCAUGAUAAUGCCUUUUAUACUAAAUAAUUUUUUAAAAGUAUCAAGCUUGAAGGAGAAUGAAUCGAAGAUCAUUAUGCAACGAAUUGACACUUUGCGCAUGAGUACAGUAAAAAAUGCAAUAAUUUCUUGUUGGGUACAUGUAGCAAAAACAAUGAGGAUGGUUUUUGAAAGCAAGUUUACAUUAGAUUCGUAUGACGAAUUGCAAAAAUGCCUUAGAGAAGAAAUGAUAAUUCUUCCAAAGGUUUUCCCUGAAUUUGCUAACUUGCCAAAUCUGCAUAUCAAUGUACACUUGCCAAUGCAUGCAAAAACUUAUGUAGACAAAGGUGCAGAUCAAAGAUUAUCACAACCUUGUAGAGGAUUCGCUACUAUGCAGUCAAAUUUUAGAAAUUUAUUGACUAAUUGGUACAUUACUGAAGAUAAGGUAUCGAAUGAACAAGAAUUGAAUGAAGAUAUAGAUGAUAUUGGACUAAAUUCAGCUCUUGUAUAUUCUCAAAUGGGCUGGUAUGAAUUGGCAACAUACACAAUAGAAGAAAGUGAUGGCAUCUUCUCCAAAGUUCAUCUUCAUAUUGGCGAUAUUGUAACAAUACACAAAGAAAACAAUGGUGAAUGUUAUGCAAUUAUAAAGGGAAUCUUCAAAUACAAAGGCAAUAAUGGCAAAUAUUAUGUCUUUAUUACUAUUGAUUGGUUCGAUGAUACUAAUAGAAUUCAUAAUGUAUUGAAAUACAAGGAAAAACGUGUGUUCGAAUUGUUACUUGGUGAUUCUUUAAAGUUCAAAAAGACAGAUUAA